AUACUUCCAUCACAACUAGUAUUUAUUCAUUUCAAAUUUAAUUUCUUAAAGAAACCUGAAAACAUAGUUAGAUGUCUCAACCUAGCUAGUAUUAGUAUGGCGAUACACGACAUUUCUGAAAUUUCUGCCAAACAAGUAUCUACUUCUUUGAUAGAUUAUCAUUUUUUCCUAGGAAUAUAGUACAGGUCAUAGUUUGCCACCUAAGUCAUCUUCUUCAUGUGAAGCGAUGAUAUUACACUCGACGCAAGGAGAAGGACCGAUUAUACUCGAAUCGGAUGGUCGCGGUCGGGCACAUGAUCAUAGAUAGUGGAUUGUGUUGUUUCGUUGAUGUGAGUGGUGAUGCAAUCGUAUUCGUCGAGAUUUGAUUGAAGUUGCGGAUGAACUAGCGAAUAUUUCUUCCUCGGCAUAAGAACAAGGGUAACAUCGCUCGAGACAUCAUCGCACCGACAGAGACCAAAUUUGAACCUUGCUUUUCGAAAAUGUUCUCUUUGACGAGCUAGAGGCCAUAGACUGAGAUUUAGGUUGACAAUUUUUUUACUGGGCUAUGUAAUUGAGAAGGCUUCGAAGAUCGUAUCUGCAUGUGCAGGUAGUGCACAAAUAUGCCAGAUCACAUCAAUCCUUGAUCGCGAUUAUCAUCAGGAAAAUAUGAAAUGCAGGAUCGGACUGUUUUUAUAGUAUACAAAGUCUAGUAGUUAAGCUGCAACAUGCAGCCACCCCCACCUUCCAAACGCGAUCACAGUACGAGGAGCAGCUUAGAGCCAGGGAGGUAUCUCUCCGCCCUUAUUUCAUCCUCUUGUUCAGUCCUCACAAUGUUUACCUGGCUCAUCUUCUUCGGGUUAAGCUUCUUCGCGUCUCUGCCAUGUGAUGGCUACUCCACGAGACGCACCGACCACGCUAGAAGCCAGCAGCACGCUGAGCAGAACCGAGUUGUAGUCUCCUCAGACGCUGACAUCUUUGCAGACCUGCUUCAUCAUGCAGUUCCCGACGGUACUGGCAUUGACAAGGAGUCGGGACUACUUAGGCGGGAAGGAAGAAGCACAAGCUCGAAUAGUCUUAAACGAGGUCCUUCGGAGGAGGUUUUGACGGAUUCUGAAGAGAGGAGUGCUAAAAAUACAGUACUUCAGGAAAGCGGAGAAAGAGGAGAACCAGAUGUACGACCCUCAUCCACCUUUGACAUUGACGAGCCCAAUAACAUCAGGAGCAGAAGAGAUGUUGAGAAAGGGACUGUUACUGUAGUUGGAAGUGGUGCCUCGUCCGGAACAAGUCGUGCUGCGACCACCACAGAGAAAACUGCCGAUAGAGACAUGAAAGCAACAACGAAGAAGCCACCAGCACCUACUAGUUCUCCGUCUUCAAAUAAACAAGUCGACGUUUCUACAUCAGUUUUUCUGAUUGAUCUCAGCAAGGACUUGCUUUCCGGUUUUUCUUCUCUUCUCCACUAUUGCCAAGACAAAGCAACCACACUGCAGGAAACCAUCGUUGCCGCUCUAGAGGGUACCGGCUUAGAACGUGAUGGGCAUCAGAGUUUACCCUCUACUGAUCUGGAGUACACACUGCGUCGUCGAUUAGCAGUCCAAGACACGCUAGUUUUGCUGAUGCUCCUAGGCUUCUAUUGGACAAGCAUAGGACUCGGACUACUCUUAGUCCAUCGCUUAGGUCGGGAUGCGGAUACCUGGAGCGUAAAGUUCUAUAACAACGCAUUAGGAGUAGUCGAUUGUUGUACUGGUUCUCCAACUUCAAAAGGAAAAAGGAAAAAAAAUACUAGAACUACAGGCUGUACUAGAGGCGGAGAUGGGACGAGGAGAAAUGAUGCAGGUAGAGCUACAGCUAGCAUUAAUAGUGUUAGUGUUAGUGCUGGACCUGUUCUCGGAAACGCGCAUGGAUCUACAGAUGAUGCUCAUCCGGAAAGUCGUGGGGCUCCACCACGGAAACCCUCUUCAGUUGCAGUAAAAGCGCGUGGCAAAAAUAGCGCCUUCGCGUGGUUCUGUUCAUGCUCCUCUAUCACAUCCCUGUGGCGCAAUUCUGCUAGCUUUUGCGCAAAUCUCGCUUCAACCUGCUUUUCUCAGGCACGGUCAGCAUGGUUCUUCAUGAUCCAUGCGAUAACAACCCACCUCCACAACUUCGCAACUUACCUCUACCACUUAUACCACAAAACUAUACGUCGUCUCCGGUAUUGGUUGCAUAUCCAGCGGCCUGGUAUCUCUGCGGGUUUCGCAGGCCUCUGUUGCUCUAGAGUACGCGAAACGACCUGCCAGGAAGUCCUCUUUCAUGACAGUGUUGAGUAUGAAGGUUUUGUUCGUUGCUUUGCUGCGGCGCCUCAAGAUCUUUCUCUCAGAGUUACCGGAUGGCGAUCGGAAACCCUGACUCUAGCGCGUUCACUAGGCCUAAGCGACGACGCAGCGGGGCUGUCGUUCAUGUACUUUGAUGAAGAUGAUAGAGAUACUGCUUCUUUGAAGUAGAUGUUGUACUAGAAGAUGUUAAAAAUAUUGCUAGUCGGAUCAUGACGAGUUGAUGCCAUCUAAGAAUAGACAAUUAUGCCUAUCAUCUCUUGACGGAUGCCGUGUUGCCAUCUAAGCAUUUUAGACAAUACCUAUCUCUUGACGAUCCACAUCCAGCGGUGGCUUCGUUGAUGGUAUAUUCGGACGGAAAAGAUUGGUUCCGGCCUUCGAUAUUCGUCUCGACUUGCGGGAUUUCGUCAGUUUGGAUAAAGAGGGUUUCACAAGUGGUCCUUCAGUCGUGACAAGUGAAGAAGAAGUACAGCGAGCAACGUUCACCUCUGACAAGAAGGGUGGAAUGGGCCAUUUCGAUAAAAAAGGGAAGAAAAACUAUUAAGGCACAGAAAAACCCAACCCUUUACACAGCCCAUUCUUCUCAUUCCCCAUUUACACAAGGGGAAUCCAUACUGGGUUGCUGGCGUAAGCAGGUUGGGCUUUUCUCUUCGCUAAAACUACUCCGAUGUGAAGAGUAACGCAUCUACUCUCAGUACAUCAGCAUCUUCGACGUACGUUUCAUCGAGUGAUGAAGCGAGCUUUUUUGGAGGCUCCUCGUCAAGCAGUUCCUCUUCCACGCCUUCGAUGCGUGAUUUCGAUGAACAGGGAUCGUCUUCGUCUUCCUCAAGCACGAGUAGAAGUGCAAAAGCAGCAAGCAUCAAGGAGAUUGUACAAACAAGUUGUACACUUUCUUCGCGGACGCCACGACCUGAGGAGCUACCAUCUUCUUCUAGAACACCAAGAACAUCAUCAAAAAAUAAAGACCGAAGUAGAUUCGAUAAGCCGCAACUAGUCUAUUCCUUUCUAGAGGGGUCUUCUCUAGAAGAUGAAAGGAGAGACUUGGAUGUUCUCGUUAUCGAGAAGCACAUUAAAUGGGUAUCUUUUCCUGCAGUAGCGCGCAGAAUACGAGAGCAUUUGCGACGGGCUGGCGGCUUUCACGGGCAGAUAUCAGUGUCUUACAUUAUGAUAGGCGAUUGAUUUUUAUUUUCACUUCUUAUUUACAGACAUCUUCAUUUUUUAAUGAUCACUGACUUUAAUCUUGGAAAGCAUCAAAGUGCUUACAGAAGAAACAAUAAAUGAGUAAGACUUCAUCACAUUUGAGACUGACAAUGUUGAACAUCAAAAACAAGCCCUCACACUCUCUUCGCUUCUAACCCUUGAAAACUGGACGAAGUCUACGUCCAGAAAAACACGCGGUGGGCAAACUGGAUACGCAAUAGCGCAACGUCUGUCCUCUUCGCGGUGUCCGGAAUCGGCUUGUUUUGGUAUAUGCCCUAUAUCCACUGUCGUGUCCGAGCUCGACGAGUAAAGACAAGGUUCGAAGUUGCUGUGUCGGCUGACGAGUACUGGCCGUUGUUGGAACGGGAUAUACUGAAGCUCACCGGAUUGGAGGGGAGAAGUACAUCAUGAAGAUGCUUCUCGACGGAACUUUUUGGAGAAGUUAACAUUUGGUAGAUUGGGAGUAUGGGAAUUUUAGAAUUUGCAAGUUCAUGCAUAGAAGUAUCUGCACCAAAGUGUUUUUGUUGUGCCAUAUCGCACGAGUGAACAACAAGAACAGUGAUAAAGGAAUUGCAUCCGCAAGUAGAGCUAGUACCCUAUGCACCUCAGAUGAAAACAAGUAAAAAAAGAAGUAGUGCCUCAAAGUCAAAGAACGUGAUGUAAGCAAUUUUUCGAAGAAAAUCAAUCAUCGCAACAACUAGUUGUAAG